GACCAUGCGGUGUUGAUUAUGGAGUCCAGAGCGUUUUUCAUUCAGCUCUGACCCCAUUUUAUUUGGUUGGUGGUACACAGCUUGUGUUCAUGUGCUGGAGAAUUGUUGGGCGUUUAUGACGCGUGGCGACGUUGGUGGUUCUCGAGUUGAGCAUAAUCCGGGAUAUGGCUGCCGUACCAUGAUGACUGCUGGCACUGGAGAAGAUGGAGCUGUUGCAGUUGAAUUGAAGCAGAAUGGGCAUUCAGACAGUAUUGGUGACAGUGAGGAAGGCAGUGAGAAGGUGACAAAAACUUCCAAGGAUGAAAGCAUCCCAACAGAAAACAAACAUGAUGCAUCCCAGGAUAUGGAUACUGCCGUGGACACGGCCGCACCGGUGGAGAACGGCCGCGUUUCGCCAGCGGCCGGCGCCGCCGAGGCGGAGCCUCCUCGGCUCGACGGCUCGCCACCCUCGACGCCGCCGCAGCCGCCGCCGUCCGGCCACGUGGCCGUUAUCCGCAAGCGAAGCAGCGAGGUGGCGGACGAGGGCACGGCUAAGAAGGCGCGUCUGGAGUCGAGCGAGCGCGCCACGCCUCUCACGCCCGACCUCAGCUGCCUUCGCACUGUUGAGCUCAUCGAGGCGUCGCUGCACAAGCUGAAGCGGGAGGUCAAGGCCAUCGACCUGCUGGCCCGCCAGAAGGAGAAGGAGUGGGACAACCUGCUCAAGCUGCGCAAGGCCAAGGAGGAGACGUUCCAGCGGCUUCGGCGUAAGCGAGAAGUGCUGCUGAUGCAGCAAAGUGAUGAGGCGUCGGGGCAGGCGCACCGCGCGCCUUCCGCCUCGCCAGCCGCCUCCGCCGCCGUUGCCGCCGCCGCCGUCGCCGUGCCGGCCGCCACGCCCAUCUCGUCUGUCAGCCUGACACUGGCGCAGGCCCAGCUGCAGCAGCAAAAGCAGCAGCAGCAGCAACAGCAACAGCAGCAACAACAGCAGCAACGACAGCAAGACCCGCAGUACCGCGAGAUGCUGGCGCAGAUCUCCAAACUGAGCAAGCCGCCCGGCGUGGCGUCGGCGCCCAGCUCGGCGGGCGAGGUGACGAUCCACCACCCACAGUCCAGCCUCGCCAAGCUGCUCAUGGAGUCCAAGAUGAAGCAGGGGGAGCCUGCUAUGCUCAACGAGAUGCUGAAGCCGCUGCCGCCGCCGCCGCCGCCGGCGGCGGCUGAAGACGUGCCGCUCUGCCAGGGCUGCCGCAUACGGCCGGCGCAGUUUGUGUGCGCCGGCUGCGGCAAUCAGUGGUAUUGCUCCCGCGAGUGUCAGGUGGCAGCGUGGGACAGUCAUGCGGAUGACUGCUCGGGCUGAGUCGGCCGGCCGGCGACCGACGCUGCCAGAGGGACCACGCCACGCUCACCGGCUCGCCGCCCCCGCCCCGCCCCGCCCCGCCCCGCCGCGUGCAGAGCUUGGUGCCGGCGCUCGCUCACCGCGGGACGCCAUGUUGUGUGUAUAGAGGGGGAGGGACAAUCAGCUGUCGUUAAUCAUGUUGUAUGAGUUCAAGGCGCGCUGUGCGGGAUUUGUUGUUGUUGAGGUGAACGCGGCUGUUGUUGGCGCCGACACCAUUGACUUUUAUGUACAAUAAGUGUGGACACGCUCAGAUCUGAUGCGACGUGGCUCGCAGAGCCUCUAUUUUGUGCGGUAUUUUCUGUCCCCAGCUAUUUUACUAUUUAUGAUAAUCGGCGCAACACUCGCCGGGCCGGCCCGCGUGCUGGCAGCCCGCGCGCGUGCGUUAUGUUGCCGGCGGCUUUUACAUCACUGGCUUGUGCCAUGGCGAUCGUUGGGCGUUGACGGGAUGUGCAUGUAUGUGCCCUGAUGUUGUGAAUACAUUUGGAGGGUUCUGA